UUUAAGUUUAAUAUAAAUACAGUACACUACACACACCAAGGAACGCAUACAUAGGUGAGCGAGCUAGGCAUAUUUUGAAGAGAGAGAGAGAGAGAGAGAGAGAGAGAGAGAGAUAAUAAAAGGAAUUAAAGGAAGGGGAUCUAUAUAUUAGGUAGGUAGGGGUGCAAGGGUGAUAGGAGAAUGGCAGAUUGGGGACCGGUGGUGAUAGCGGUGGUGCUGUUCGUAUUGCUGAGUCCGGGGCUCCUGUUCCAGUUGCCGGGUCGGGGACGGGUGGUGGAGUUUGGUAAUAUGCAGACAAGUGGGUUAUCCAUUUUAGUACACACUGUCAUCUUUUUUGGGCUUAUCACUAUUUUCCUCAUUGCUAUUGGUGUCCACAUCUACGCCGCCUAGCUGAUCCAUCCAUCAUUAUAAUUAUCUAAAAUUUCC